AUGCCUCCGAAGACAGGUAAAGGUGUCAUUCGGUCAACCUUGUUUUGCCGGGCUAGGUGGUCUGUCUUGCUUCUGAGACCGGUUUGGGUUGCCAUCUGGAGUUUCAGUAUGUUUCAGUGUCCUGCGAAAGGCAACGAACGAGACAUGGGGAAGCUUAGAGUGAAAGCUUUGGAACUACAGGGAGAAGUUGCGGGAUCGCCCGUUGAACUGAGAGCCCGCAGUGAAUGUACUAGAGACGAACUGGCGCUGCUGGAAUCUCGACCUUUUCCGAGUUUGAACCCAAAAGCAUGCCGAAUCUCCAGCCGAUGGUUUCAAGGCCCCCGUCCAGAGGCCCAGGCAAAGCGACAGGUUUUUUCCCUUGUCCCGAGCUGA